AUGCGGCCUUUGGGGGGUGGUGAGGAAAAAGAUGGGACGGGGCGGCCGGGCAGCCAGUUGCUGUGGAGGAAUGGGACGCCAGAAAAGUGGAGACUGACCACCUCAGCACCUUACAACCUCACACAGUCGGAACCUCGCUGGCCAACACUGGAACGCGCACCACUGAGAGAGCUGGCCGAAAAGUGGGGUCUAGAUCCCGAUGCUGGUCUAGCGUCACGGGGUGCCGGAAGACCCCGGGGAAACGCCGGAGAAGUCCCCGGGAUGUCCCAGCAAGCCCCGGAGAACAUGUUACAGUCUUUGUCUACGGGAACCGGCAUGUCUCUUGAGACGCUCUACUCCGGCGUGCCUCGCCAAACUCUUCACCUUGAGGGUCUGGAUGCUCCGCCCCGGCACCGUCUUGAUGACCUCAUGGCCCGUCUCUCGGCCCGCCCCAUGCACCCGGCUUCCGUCCGCCUCCGACUGGCACUUCCCGGCGCAUAG